GUGGUCCGUCGGACCAAGUUCGAUCGUCUGUUAUUGCUUGAUUCCUUUGCCUUUUCAUAAGGUACAUAUGGAUAAACUGAACUAAAAAUAAAUCUCUCUGGCUGGCUGGUUACCGGUCGACUGCUGAUUUUCUAAUUUUUGAUUCUUGGCUAUUUGGUUGAUUUUGACUUUAUAAAGGAACAAAAUAUGAAUAACAUGUUUAAACUAAAACUGUCGGCCCUUGGACAUCCCAAUCCCGAUAGUUUUAACUGCGAAGAUGAAAAGGAGUACAGAAGCGUUGUUCUAUGGUUAGAGGAUCAAAAAAUAAGGCAUUACAAGAUCGAAGAACGCGAGGGACUCCGAAAUAUUGAUUCUGACAAAUGGAAUGAAGCAUAUCAUGUAUACCAAAGGGAUUUGGUUAGCCCUACUGUUGAUGGCCAGCCAAAUGAACAGCUCAACUGGUUGCUCUCUUAUGCUGUGAGAUUAGAAUAUGCAGACAAUGUUGAUAAAUAUAAGGAUGCAAAAGUUGAAGAAACAAAACAGGCAACACCAAAUGUUGUGUCAUCAAAUCCAUUGGACAAUCUUGAUUUUUCAAGCCCAACUUUUAAGGAAGGAGUAGAAAGAGUCUCUGCCCUAACUGGUGUUGGACCACAUCCAGACCCGAAGUUUAGAUUAUCAGCAAUUGCAAAAAUAUUAAAAACAUCUCCACAUCCAGAUGUAUCAAAAACUGAUGCCAAUAUUGUUCAACAACCAGCUGAUGUGUUGAAAUUGCUAUUUGUUCAAGAUCUACGAGAGUUGCAGACUAAAAUCAAUGAAGCUUUAGUUUCUGUGCAAACAGUCACAGCUGAUCCACGCACAGACACAAAACUCGGAAGAGUUGGCAGAUAAUCCAUAAUAGUUAUGCUAAAAAUGGGGGUUGUAUUUUCAUGUUAUAAUUUUGGUUCCCUGAUUUAGGAUACUAAACCAUGCAACCGAAAUUGGAAAUAUUUAGUAUGUCCUUACAAAGCCAUAAUUGUUCUGAAAUAAUGUACAUUUUGUACUUAUUGGAUAGGUGCAACCUCCAUUGUUAAAUAAAUACUAGCAAUCCUCUAUUGCAAUUACUGCUGUUUGAACUUUUUCAACACAAAAAUAAUGAUAUUACUGUAAUAGGGGAUAUUUAAUAUAAGUAAAUGAUAAUUUUUUAAUUUAACAAACCGGAAUUAAGAAAAACUUA